GACGAGACAGUUAUCAGGAGCCGCGGGGCGCGCGGAAUGGGUGUUAGGGUCUCCGUGGAGAGCUGAAAAACACUGUUCGUCAUCCCCAGGAGCCAGAGUCGCAGAAGACGCCGCCGCUCCAGCAGCAUCAAUCCCUGUCGUUCCAGUUCCGCCGCCGCUGCAGCACCUCCAGUGAUCGCUGCAGCAGCGGCCGAGGCCGAUCGGGUCUUGGCCCUAUCGGGCCAGCUCUCCCGAUUACUGUUCCAGUGGCGCCUCCAGCCCUACGGCUUCUAGGCGCCUCCAACGCUCAUCCACCAUGAGCUCCAAUCCCCGUCAGGGGCCGAUGCUCCGCCACUCGGCUGGCAGGAAUUCGGAGCCUCCCGUGGUGGCGUCGUCGUCGGGCAUGCACGGGCGUCCCGCCUUCCUGGAGGCAUCCCCUCCGAAGCUGACCCUGACUCUUACCCCUGAAAGCCAGGGGAUCCUCCAGCAGGCGGAUGCCCUGGCUGCCAGCGGCAGCUUCCACGAAGCCUUCGGGCUGUACCAGGUUCUGUACCAGCAGCGGCAGCUGAGCUCCGAGCACCUCGACACUCUGGUGCGCUGCCUGGCCGAAAGCAUCCGGCGCCGAGAGGGGCUCCUCGCCCCCGGGGCGGAGGACAGCGGCGCGAGCCAGCCCCCCGAGGCGGCGGCGACCCCGGUGGAAGAUGUGGAGGCAGCAGUCGCCAAGUCGCCCACAGCGCCCUGGGAUGGGUUCCGAUGCCGGAAAUGCCAAGGUUUCCUGUCCGAUCCGGUGUCCCUAGCCUGCGGACACACCUUCUGCAAAGUGUGCCUGGAGCAAGAGCGCCGCUGCACCCUGUGCUGUGUCCCUGAGCCUGGGGUCGCCAGCUGCAGCCCAGGUACCUCGGGCGAGUCACUGCCGCCGCCCCCUCCUCUGCCGGUGCCGGUGCCGCCACCGCCCAUGCCGCGCCUGCGGGUCAAUGUGCUGCUCAGCAACUUGCUGACCAAGUGGUUCCCGGGCCCAUCCCAGGCGUCGCGGCUUCGCCACGAAGGCAACCGCCUGUACCAGGAGCACAAGCCGGAGCAGGCGCUUGAGAAGUACUGCGAGGCGCUCGAUCUAGCUCCAAAUGACUACUUGCUCUAUAGCAACCGAUCUCAAAUCAAUACUGUCUUGAAACGUCCUGAAGCUGCAUUGCAUGAUGCUGACAUGGCCUGCAGACUCCAGCCACGUUGGCUGAAGGGUCACUUACGCAAAGGCCAAGCCUUGGCCAUCCUGGGAAAUACAGAAGAAGCCGUCAGGGAGUUCCUGUUCUGUGUGGCUUUGGAUGAGGGUAAUAGGCUGGCCAGAUGUGAAGCUGCCAAGCUCCUGUUAAGUUUAUUCUCACCCAUCCCUGGGAAUACCCAGGAGCGCUUAGCAAGCAGCCUACAACUGGAGCCCAGCAGCUCUAGACCAAAAAGCAGUGCCGUGGCUUCCCAGACCCGUGGAGCUGCCAGCAGAGGGGACCCUCAGCUGCCAGGAUUGGUCCAGGAGAUACAGAAAUGCUGUCCUGCUCAGGAGGAGCCAGACCCUCCUGGCUGCAUUGGCCUGGAAUGUGUGGAGGAGAGGAAAGAAGGGGAGCCCGAGGAGCUAGAGAAACAGACUCUAGUAGUUAGGCCCAAGGAGAAGAGACAGGCUGCAGUGUUCCAGGCCCAAGAAGAGGAGGAGGAAGAGGAGGAGGAGGAGGAGGAGGAGGAGGAGAGAGAGGUUUCAGUCAUCCAGGCCCAGGAGGAGCAGGAGGAGGAGGAAGAGAGACAGGUUCUAGAAGCCCUAUCCAGGGAGACAAGACAGGCAACAAUUGUCCAUCUCGACGAAGAGGAGAUACAGGUUCUGGUGACCCAGCCUGAGGAGAGACAGACACUGGUCAUACAGCCUGAGGAGGAAGAGGAAGAGGAGGAGGAGGAGGAGGAGGAAGAGGGAGAGGAGGAGGAGAUACGAACAGUGGUGGUCCAGGGAGAGGAAGAGGAGAUACGAGCAGUGGUGGUCCAGGGAGAGGAGGAAGAGAUUCAGGCUGUAGUGGUCCAGCCUGAGGAGGAGUUGCAGGCUAUGAUGGUCCACGUCAAGGAGGAAGACAUACAGAUUCCUGUGUUCCAGCCCAAGGAGGAGGAAGGAGAGAUACAGGCUGUAGUGGUCCAGCCUAAGGAAGAGGAGAUAGAGAUUCCUGUAUUCCAGCCCAAGGAAGAAGAGAUAGACAUUCCAGAUUUCCACAUUAAAGAGGAGCCGCUAGACAUUCCUGACUUCCAGCUUAAAGAGGAGCCGCUAGACAUUCCUGACUUCCACUUCAAGCAGGAACAGGAGGAUUUAGACUUUCCCACGUUUCACCUCAAGGAGGAGGUGGAGGAGAUAGACUUUCCUGAGUUCCAGCUCAAGGAGGAGGUGGAGGAGAUAGACUUUCCUGAGUUCCAGCUCAAGGAGGAGGUAGAGGAGGAGAUGCACUUUCCCGAGUUCCAGCUCAAGGAAGAAGAGGAAGAUUUAGAUUUUCCUGAGUUCCAGCUUAAGGAGGAGGCAGAGGAUUUAGACUUUCCUGAGUUCCGGCCCAAGGAGGAAGAGGAAGAUUUAGACUUUCCUGAGUUCCGGCCCAAGGAGGAAGAGGAAGAUUUAGACUUUCCUGAGUUUCAGCCUAAAGAGGAACCAAUAGACAUUCCAGACUUCCAGAUUAAACAGGAGGAGGAGGACGAGGAGGAGAUACCAGUUCUGGUGGCCCAGCCCGAAUCAGAAGAGGAAACAUUGGCUCUCAUGGCCCAGCCUGAUGAGGAGGAGACACUGGCUCUGAUGGCCCAGGCUUUGGAGCAAAAGAGACAGGCUUGCAUGUCCCGUCCCGAAGACAGACAUGCUUUUGUGUUCCAGCCAGAAGAGACUCAGGCUUGCAUGUCCCAACCCGAAGCCAGACAUGCUUUUGUGUUCCAGCCUGAAGAGACACAGGCUUCCAUGUACCAACCUGAAGAGGGACAGGCUUUUAUGUUCCAUCCUGAAGAGGGACAGGCUCCUGUGUUCCAUCCCGAAGAGGGACAGGUUCCCAUGUUCCAGCCCGAAGAGGGACAGGCUUCCAUGUGCCAGCCCGAAGCCGGACAAGCUUUUAUGUUCCACCCUGAAGAAGGACAGGCUCCCAUGUUCCAGCCUGAAGAGGGACAUGCUUUUAUGUUCCAUCUUGAUGAGGGACCUGAUUCAGUGUUCCAGCCCAAAGAGGGACACGCUUUUCUGUUCCAUCCCAAUGUGGGACCGGAUUCAGUAUUUCACCCCGAUGAGGGACAGCCUGAAGAGUACCAGGCUUUUAUGUUCCAGCCUGAUGAGGAAGAGGUUUCCCUGUUUCAGCCAGAGAGGAGACAGGCUUCAGUAUCCCAGACCAGAAAGAGACAAGCUUCUUUGUCUCAGACCAGAAAGAGACAGGCUUCUUCAACCCAGCCCAGAAAGAGACAGGCUUCGGGGUCCCAGCCUGGAAAGAGACAAGGUUCCUCAUCCCAACCUGGGAAGAGACAGGCAUCUUCAUCCCAGCCCAGAAAGAGACAGGCUUCUUCAUCCCAGCCUGGAAAGAAACAAGGUUCCUCAUCCCAGCCCAGAAAGAGACAGGCUCGGGCAGCCCAGCCUAAAGAGGAGAAGAAACAGGUACGAGUGACCCAGCCCAAGAAGAAAAAGGCUCCAGCAAUCCAGCCAAAGGAUAAAAAGAAACAGUCUGCAGUGACCCAGCCCAAGAAAAAGAAACAGACUGUAGUCACCCAGCCCAAGAAAAAGAGACAGACCCCGGUGACCCAGACCAAGAAGAGAAUAGGGCGGGUGGUCCAAGCCAAGAAGAAAGCAACUCGAGUGGUCCAAGCCAAGAAGAGACAGGCUCUGAACACCCAGGCCAAGAAGAGACAGGCUCGAGGGGUCCAGGCCAAGAAGAGACAGGUUCAAGCGGCCCAGGCCAAGGAGGAGGAGAACAAAGAGCCCAAGAAACGUCAGCUGCCAAGACGGAAACGCAGCCCCUCGCAGUCCUUAGACUCUGAAGUACCAUGCAAGAUUCCCAAGACAGAUUCAGAUGACUCCCAGGAUGGGGAUCAUGGUCACAAUGUUCCCUUUGAAUCUUUUGACCCAACUGACCUGGAUUGCCCUCUCUGCAUGAGGCUGUUCUAUGAGCCUGUCACCACCCCCUGUGGACACACCUUCUGCAUGAAAUGUCUUGAAAGAAGCUUGGAUCACAACCCCAAGUGUCCCCUGUGCAAAGAAGGCCUUGCAGAGUGUGUGUCUGUGAGGAAAUGUAGCAAAAAUUUACUGAUGGAGGCAAUGAUAGCCAAGUACCUGCCUGAUGACCUCAAUGAGCGCCGCAGGAUUUAUGAGGAGGAAAUGGCAGAACUCUCCAACAGCCUGAGUAAGAAUGUGCCUAUAUUUGUGUGCACCAUGGCCUACCCCACUGUGCCAUGCCCCCUGCACAUCUUCGAGCCUUGCUACCGCCUUAUGAUUCGAAGAUGCAUGGAGACUGGCAGCAAGCAUUUCGGCAUGUGCAUUGGCGACUCCUCCAGAGGGUUUGCAGAAUAUGGUUGCUUGCUGGAGAUAAGAAAUGUUGAAUUCUUUCCUGAUGGUCGCUCCGUGGUGGACAGCAUUGGUAAGAGGAGGUUUAAGGUGCUGAGGCAGAGCCAGAGGGAUGGCUACAACACGGCUGACAUCGAAUAUGUUGAGGAUCACAAGGUUGAAGGGGAAGAGUAUGCCAGAUUGCUAAGCCUGCAUAGCACCGUGUAUGAUCAGUCACUUGCCUGGUUUGAUUCGCUCAAACAAACACUCCGGAGCCGCAUUCUGGGCCACUUUGGUCCCAUGCCACCAAAAGAUCUGGAUCCACAGGUCAACCCCAAUGGCCCUUCCUGGUGCUGGUGGAUCCUGGCAGUCCUUCCACUUGAAAGUAGGGCUCAGCUUCCUUUCUUAUCCAUGAAGUCCCUGAAGAACCGCUUGCAUGGCAUUCAGCGUGUCCUGAUGUUCUUGGCCCGCAACCAAAACCCAAACCAAAUCCAAGUCCAUGUCCAAGAUAUAGAUCAAGACCAAGACCAUGAUGAAGAACCAAUGCCAGGCCCAAGCCACGAACCGAUGCCAAGCCCAUCCCGCGAACUAAUGCCAGGCCCAAGCCAAGGACCAGAGCCAGGCCCAAGCCAGGGCCCAAGCCAAGGCGAAGACAAUGGCCAAAACCAAGGCGAAGACCAGGGCCAAAACCAAGGCGAAGACCAGGGCCAAAACCAAGGCGAAGACCAGGGCCAAAACCAAGGCGAAGACCAGGGCCAAAACCAAGGCGAAGACCAGGGCCAAAACCAAGGCGAAGACCAGGGCCAAAACCAGGGCGAAGACCAGGGCCCAAGCCAGGGCGAAGACCAGGGCCCAAGCCAGGGAGAAGACCAGGGCCCAAGCCAGGGAGAAGACCAGGGCCCAAGCCAGGGAGAAGACCAGGGCCCAAGCCAGGGAGAAGACCAGGGCCCAAGCCAGGGAGAAGACCAGGGCCCAAGCCAGGGUGAAGGCGAAGGCCAGGGCCCAAGCCAGGGUGAAGGCGAAGGCCAGGGCCCAAGCCAGGGUGAAGGCGAAGGCCAGGGCCCAAGCCAAGACCAGGGCCAGUAAAACCCAAGAGAUGAAGAGAAAGGAAGGGGCUCUGCUCUGCUCUGCUUUCCCUUCCUAAUUGGUUGGGGGGGGGGGAGGGGGGGAACUUAUUGUCACUGUCUUUAAUCGAAAUACUGUCUUAAUGGGUGGUCAUUAUUAACCUCAGGGGGAGUGUUGAGCAGGAUGUCCUAAAUAACACCUGCUUAGGGGUACUCCAUUUGGAAAACCCUCAUUCCUGCCUCUCCCCCCCCCUCCAUCUUCUCUCUUCUCUCUUUCUAUCUGCAAUUGUUGACAUGCUGCAUUGCUAAAUGAAUGGCCUAGGUGUUGUUCUAGAGCACACAGUGAUAUUGUUUGCCUUCAAAAGUUCAGAAAAUAGCAUUUACAUUUCAGAAAAAAUGUUUAGUCUUACUGUGAAACAGUUGAUGUUGAUGAAUUUAUUUUGUUGACCCAUGUUUGGUCUUAUUCCAAAUGCUUCUGGUUGGAUUCAGCUAAUGUUCACGACUUCAUUCUGUUUGAAUAAUUUAUUUUCGCACAA